UUUUUUUCCAGGAGCUUACCCCAUAAAGUUUUACCCUAAAGUGCUAGUAGACAUAAGUGGUGUCACCGAGUUACGCUCCCACUAUCUAGAUGUCAAUCUAGUUCUUGGAGCUAAUACGACUAUUACCGACACAAUCCACUUGUUUGACGAAUUGAGCAAGACCCAUGCUGACUUCUGGUACUUACAAGUCUUGAGAAAACAUUUAGAGGAAGUUGCUCAUAUACCUGUUCGAAACAUUGGUACAUUAGCUGGGAAUUUAAUACUAAAGCACGAACACCCUGACUUUCAGUCAGAUAUUUUCCUGUUGUUUUCGUGUGUUGGAGCUGUUGUUACUCUAGUGGACCGCACAAUGAAUCAAUCGGAUCUGGGCCUGCCUGAGUUUUUGACUGCAAAUAUAGUGGGCAGAGUCAUGACGCAGAUUAAACUGCCUCCCUUAUCCAGACAUCAUGACGUAGUGACUUACAAGAUACCAGCAAAAGAACAAAAUGCGCAUGCUGAAGUGAACGGGGCGUUUCUUUUCAGAUUUGAUCCUAAAUCUCAUAAAGUGCUUAAAGCAUCAAUUGUAUACGGAGGAAUAAACCCCACGUUCACUCAUGCUUAUAACACAGAACAGUUUCUGAUUGGACGAAACCUUUUCACAAAUGAGACGUUGCAAGGUGCCCUGCAUUGCUUGGAGAAGGAAGUUGAUCCAAAUUUUAAUCCGCCGGAACCUAAGCCGCAUUUUAGGAAGAAAGUUGCUUUAGGAUUAUUUUAUAAGGCCGUCAUCAAACUGUGUCCACGCGAAAUCCUCAGUCCAAAAUACUCAUCGGGCGCCACAACCGCCUACGAAGACCGGCCUCCCGUGAGCCGCAGUUACCAGGAGUACGACACCAACAGAGCCGACUAUCCCAUCACUCAGCCGCUGCUGAAGAAAGAGGGCCUGAUCCAGUGUGCGGGCGAGGCCAAGUACGCGGACGAUAUUCCUAGAAUAUCAGAUGAAGUAUUCGCUUCAUUCGUUGUGUCUACAAUUGCGCGAGGUGAAAUAGAGGAUAUUCAUUACGCCAAUGUCCUUAAAAUUGAAGGCGUCAUUGCGGUUUACACGUCUAAAGAUAUUCCGGGAGUGAACAGCAUCGUGCGAGGAGACUUCCAACUGAUGUUCGAAAACGAAGAACUAUUCGCAAGCGAUAAAAUAUACUAUUAUAACCAGCCCGUCGCUCUAGUCGUGGCCGAAACCCAAGUCAUAGCAGAUAAAGCAGCGUGUCUUGUUACUGUGAAGUAUAAGAAAAUUUCAAAGAAAAAAAUAAUUUUCACAAUACAAGACGCUAUUGACGCGCCGCCCUUGGAAAAUAGACUAAUAACCUACGAAGGGAUUACUCCAUCAGAUAGAGGAGUCAACGUGCAAAGAAUAAUAAAGGGUUCCUUCUACUCUCCAAGGCAAUAUCAUCAUAUGAUGGAAUUGCAUGCGACUGUCACGAGCCCAGUGGACAAUGGCUAUGAAAUAGAUUGCUCUACUCAGUGGAUAGAUGUCACGCAGGCAGCAAUAGCGCAGCUACUGAAUAUUCCUAAUACCUUAGUAAGAGUUCGCACAAGACGUUGCGGGGGUGCGUUUGGAUGCAAGAUCGCCAGAAAUAUGUUCGCUGCGUGUGGCACAGCCCUAGUCGCGUAUAAACUGAACAGACCUUGCCGAAUAACAAUGCGCAUGCCGGAUAUUAUGCGCAUCACAGGCAAAAGACCAGAUAGCAGGCUUGAUUAUGAGGUAAGUUGCUUUCUUAAUAAUUAUAAUAUAAUCAGGAACGUCUCACAUAACCUAAAAAAAACCUUGCGUCUGAAAGGUCCUGGCUCGCCGAAAGCAUAUACAGGAUGCGAAAGAAUAAGUUUUUGGCAAAAGAAUCAUUUUUGGUACUAGUUUUUAUCGCUGACUGUACUUUUCCACAUACAACUAAUCAUCGAAACAAUCCUAAAAACCCCAAACACAAUUAAGUUACGUUGUUUUAUCGCAGAGUUCCUGUGGCUACCUCCUGUCUUCAUCAUUAAAUCAGCUUGAUGGUACCAUAAUAUUGCUUUGUCAACCGAGUUACAUAU